AAACAUUGCGAGGGGGCAUCGUCAAGGUCGACAUAUAAGCAGACGGUGUUUCCUCGACCCUCACGAUAUGUUUGGUUGCCUAUAUCGUCUCCUUACAGGCCCAUCAAGCCAAUCAUAGUGGUUGGGUCCAUUCACUCAAGACUUCUUUCCAACAGGCCAUCUACCUCCGCACCUCACCGGCCUCCAUCUCAUUAAUAAGAACAAGAACGGCAACGGGAAUAGAAAGAAACGGGAAAGGAAACACGGAAAGGAAACUAUAGAACAGGAAACUAUAGAACAGGAAAUAGGGAAACGAAAGGAAACAUAUACCCACAUACCUACCUACCGAGACAGCCAUGACACGCUCCAUAACUAUCACUCGGGCGCUCCUCGCCCUCGCGAGCCUAGCAUCCGCUAAACCCAUCACCAUCACCGUCCCCGGCGCUCCCUCAUUCGGCAGCGGUAGCGUCCCCGACGGCCUCCGGCCUAGGCAGGAGGAUAACAGCACAGGCAGCGGCGCUUCCGUCGGCUCCAUCAGCUUCGGCCGCUGCCCGAACUCGUUCCCGGAGGGCGUGACCUGCGGCAAGCUCGUCGUCCCGCUCGACUGGGACACGCCGCUCGGCAACGAGACGAUCGAGCUCGGCCUGGUCCGCCGCGAGGCGACCGACAGGGCCAACCGCAUCGGCAACCUGUUCCUCAACCCGGGCGGCCCCGGCGGCCAGGCGUCGAACCUCGUCGCCCAGAUCGCCGCCUUCCCGCAGGCCGUCGACUCGCGCCUCCUCGAGCGCUUCGACCUCAUCGGCCUCGACCCGCGCGGCGUCGGCCUCAGCACCCCCAUCCGCUGCGACCCCGCCGUCUGGAACAAGCGCGUCUCCUUCUUCCCCCAGACCCAGGAGGCCUUCGACGAGCUCGUCGCGCACAACCGCGCCGCCGGCGAGAGCUGCCGCGCCCGCACCGGCCGCCUCAUCGACUUCGUCGACACCAUCAGCGCCGCCCGCGACCACGAGGCCGUCCGCCUCGCGCUCGGCGGCGAGCCCGCCAACUACCUCGGCCUCUCCUACGGCACCCAGCUCUUCGCCCAGGUCGCCGAACUCUUCCCCGACAGCUUCCGCGCCAUGGUCCUCGACGGCAACCUCCAGCACUCGCAGUCCGAGUCGGCCAACGUCCUCGCCGAGUCCACCACCUUCCAGUCCACGCUCAAGGAGUUCUUCCGCUGGUGCUUCCGCAGCCGCGAGUGCGCCUUCCGCAGCCGCAACCACCAGUUCAAGUUCCAGCGCCUCGUCCAGCGCGCCUCCGAGGCGCCCAUCCGCGCCUCCGGCUGCGAUAACCGCGCCUGCCGCAGCGAUGUCUCCGUCGAAGAACUGCUCUUCUCCACCCAGCUCCUGUUGACGUCGGUCACGGCGUGGCCCCAGCUCGGCCAGGCCCUCCAGGACGCGAACGGCGGCGACGCCACCCUCCUCUCGCAGAUACAGCCGCUCGCUAUCGGCGACGCCUACGUCGACUCGAACCUGUUCGCCGGCACCGCCGUCACCUGCCAGGACUGGGCCCACGAGGCCCAGACGCUCGCCGACGUGCGCGCCAAGGUGACGCUCGGCUCCACCUUCAACCCGCUGACGCUCGGCUCCUGCCAGAUGGCUAAGAUCCAGACGGCGUGCAUCGGGUGGCCGGCGCCGCUGACGAACCCGCCGAAGCCGACCGAGUACGCGGGCUCGACGCCGAUCCUGGUCGUCCAGUCGACGCUCGACCCCUCGACUUCGCUCUCCUGGGGCCUCGGCCUGCACGAGGAGCUCGGCCCCGUCUCCUCGCUGCUGACCCGCAACGGCACCGGCCACACGAGCUUCCUGCUCGGUGGUGGCGAGACCGUCGGCGCCAUCAGCGAGUACCUCCUGAGCCUCGGCGUCCCCGCCGACGGCACCGUCCUCAACUCAUAAAGGCGAGCGUCAACGGACGAUAGCGAGAGCCACGAACGAACGCGCGAGGCCGAGCACAGGGGAGAACGAACGAACAGAAUAAA